AAGACAACAAAGAGGUCAAAAUCUUGGCUUAAGAACAGAAGGUCAGAAAAAACAUGAUGAAGCUGCAUCACAUAUGUUAUAUUUUGAUCAGAUCAUUUAUAUAAGAAUACAAAACUUACAAAGAAUUCCAGAUCUAUUAUAAAGAUUCUUUUGGGAUUUCAGAACUAAUGAAUGCCUGGUGUAUUGCAUCUUGUCAAUACAUGUAUUGCUCUUAUGUAAUAAGUUCUACCUCAUUUACAAGUGAAAUUAUUCAUGUAUAUAUUACCCUUUCUACAAUGCUUGUCUAGACAACAAAAAAUUAAAUGGAAUGGCCCAACUUAUACUGUAUAUAGAAACCUAUUAAUGAGAUUAUUAAAGUCAAAAAUGUCGGGAAUGAUGCUAUGGUUUUUGUCUAAACAAUAGCUUCUGUAAACUCAAUCAGAAUCUGAAGGAAAGGAAGUCGUAACUAAGAAAAUAAUGACCACGCCAGAUAUAUGUCCGAAUUCAGAAUAACAUAUACACCCCACAAGCUGUGCACCAGUAGUGCAUAAACUGGAACUUUUUCAAAACUUAUUUGUUAUGUUUAUCAAGAUAAUGUUUGUUUAGUUUCCUCAAGUAUGUAUAACUUAUGUAUAAAUAAAGUUUGUAGUGCUUAAUGAAGAUAUAUUGUGCAUUUCGUGGAGGUUAAUUUUCAAAAUCUUGUUUAGAUCUUUGUAGUGCUGUGAAGUUGUGCAAAAUUAAUUACUGAAAAAUAUGUGAAUACAUGUGUUUUCUUUUUUGUUUACUGUAAAAAGGUAGUUGUUGUCAAUUAUCGUUAGUGCAGAAUAAGACAUGUAUAUACCCAUGUGAUAGUGGUGGUUUACAGUGGUGCCAAGUCGUAUGAUUGGUGUAGAACAUCAUUGAUAUAGUUAAUACAAUGUUAGUAUGAUUUGUAUUACAGAUCUAUGAUUUACUAUCCUGUACUGGAGAAAUAUUCCCUGAGUGAGAUAGUUACAUCCCAUUACAUUAGAACAUGGCAAGCUUGAUGGCAAGUUAAUGUGGACAAUACUGUUAAUUCUCACUGCGAGUGUAGUCAGAGAAUGUAGAGAUCUGGAUUGAACAUUGUCACUUCACGUGUUUAUAUCGUUCACUACGUUCCUGACUCGUGACAUAACAGAUAAAAACCUUACAGCAUAUACUCUAUACACUUAGUUUUAUUUAGUGACAGUUCUUUGGAAAUAUAGGAUUAACAGAUAUAUGUAUAUAUAGGAAGUUCUUUGUAAAGUAAUUGGUAUAAAUAGCUGUUAGAUACCACAUCAGAGACUUAGAGACAUCAGCAUUGCUGAGUGACCGAUUUACUGAGAUACCACAUCAGAGACUAAGAGACAUCAGCAUUGCUGAGUGACCGAUUUAAUGAGAUACCACAUCAGAGACUUAGAGACAUCAGCAUUGCUGAGUGACCGAUUUACUGGUUAAUAAUACAAAUUAGAGAAUGAAUUUUGGAGGAUGAUUAUAAAAAGAUAAAAUUUGAAGACAACUGUUCCAUCUAAUGGAGAAAGUGGAUUAAAAAUUCAAAAAUGUGGAAAUUGGUGUAUUUAACGGAUUUGUUUAUUUGGUGGUGGCUUAUUAUUUCCAUAGUAACAGGUGAUUUACGGAUUCGUGUGCCUUUAACCAACCAGGAAGUAAGACAAGGAGAAACUGUAAAAUUUGUAUGUGAUGUAGUAACAAGUCCCGGAGAAACAGAUAAAGUUUUCAUUCGAUGGAAAUUUAAUGAAGAAAUUAUAAAACCAACUAGUUCUAGUAAAUUCAACAUUUUAGAAGAUGGUCAGACAUUAAUGGUACAGAACGCUCACAAAAGUGAACAAGGCGAUUAUACAUGUAUAGCUUCAAUACGCAAAAUGAAAGAUAGAUCAACAGCAAGACUUAUUAUAAAAACAACUCCCUCAUCCCCAAAGAAUAUAGAGUUGGUGACAUGUAUGGGUCACAAAGCUGACCUGGUUUGGGAGGAUGGGGAGAAUGGCGGUGAUUCCAUUAAAGGUUAUCUAGUGCAAUAUAAUGAAUCAAUGAAUCCUAACUAUUGGAAUCAUAACUAUGAAGAAAUAUCAAAGUCAGCUCCAGAGCCAAGAACUAUAGAUUUGUCUCCUUGGGGGACUUACUCAUUUCGUGUUUUAGCUAGAAAUUCUAUAGGAUAUAGUGAGCCAAGUUUACCGACGAAAAGUAAGUGUCGGAUUCCUCCAGGCCACCCAGAUGGAAAUCCUGAAAAAGUGGGAACAAAAACUGAUAAAAAAUAUAAACUUGUCAUCACUUGGGAGCCUAUGCCUAGAUUGGAACACAAUGGUCCAGGUUUCCGUUAUCAUGUAUUCUGGCGACCUAAAGGUAGUACAUACUGGAAGAACAUGACAGUCUGGGACGAGAAUGCAGAUGAGUUAGAGUUAGAAGUAAUUGAUAUAUAUGGUUUAUAUGAAAUAAAAGUAAAAGCUGUGAAUGAUAUAGGAGAAUCUUAUCAGCCUGCGUUUAUUAUACUUGGUCAUUCAGGAGAAGCUGAACCAUUGUUGUCGCCUAAAGAUUUCCGUCUGGAUCCUAUGCAGCCGAUACAACCUCACAAAGCUCACUUUAUCUGGGAAUCUGUAGACACAUCUCAAGACAAGAUAAGGGGAAGAUUUAGGGGUUAUAAGUUACGUUACUGGAAGUCAAGUGAAGGUCGACAUAAAUGGGAGGAAGUAGAUGUUAUUGUAGAAACAAGUGAUGAUAUGUAUCUCAGAGAUGUCAGAGCUGCUAUUAGUGGACUGCCAGCAUAUACAGCACUCAGGGCCCAAGUUUCUGUGAUGAAUGACCAUUAUACAGGGCCACCUAGUGCUACAAUAGACUUUUCAACUCCAGAGGGAGUGCCAGGACCAGUUAGACAUCUACAUGAACACAGAAUUGGUUCUACUUAUGUUGUAUUAAAAUGGCUGCCACCAGAGGAGCCUAAUGGGGUAUUGAUGGGAUAUGAUAUAGGAUACCAACCAAUAAAGUCAUUCCAAGUUGGUAAUGUGAUAUUCCUUGAACCCAAAAUUUCCAACCCAUCAAUAUUAAGAGCUCAAAUCAAAGGAUUAGAGGCAGAUCAUACAUACAGAUUCCUUGUGUGGGCUCGAACACAGACAGGUAGAGGAGAGCCUAGCUUUAUAGAUGUUGAAACUACAAAUUCAAGACCUGGUAUCCCUCACCCUGUUGUGUCAGCAGUAGAUAGAACCAGUUUUAACAUCACAUGGAGACCAGAGCACUUCCAGCAAGAUGUUCAAUACUUCUUAGAAUAUAAAAGAGAAGGAGAAAUAGAUUGGGAGAAAACAAAGCCAGAAUUUUUAAAAUCCUGGAAAGUGGUGCAAGGUCUCAGGUCAAACACAAAGUACCAAGUACGCCUUGUGGCCAUGAAUAAAUUUGGUGAGACAACAUACAGUAAAAACUUUCCUGUGUUCACAGAUGCUACAGCAUAUGGUGAUGGUGCGCUGAAAAGUUAUGAUGCUUCAAUUGGAAAGUAUGAAAGUUUCAAUAACCACAACAAUGCUAAAAGACAUCAUUUAUCAGUGAUUUGUGCUAUAACGACAGUUUUUACUGCUUAUAUUACAGUCUUCCAACGAUAGCGUCUUGCCAUAUCAUUCUGUUAAAAAAUCAUGGUUGUGACAAUGUUGAGUUUAAUAUUCCAGCUAAGAAGUUAUCACGGCUCUGUGGUGACAAAAGUAGUUGCAUAGUUCAGCGAAUUAGUGAAAGAAGUACAUAGUAGAUUGUUUAUUCUUGUUAAUGGUUGUGAAAUUAUCUCAGAUAACAGUAUAUCUCAGAUAACAGUAUAUCUCAGAUAACAGUAUAUCUGAAAGGGUAUUGUAUUGUGCAAGUUAACAAAAUUAUAGAUCUUGUGAUAUUGUACAUGUCAUUCAGUAAAACGAAGACUAAGUAUGAAGUUCAAGAUUAAGACAUGUAAUGGAUGAGGAAGUUCAAGAUUAGAAGUUUUUGCUUACAUUUUAGUCAGUUCUUGAUGGCAAAUUAAAUUUGAUAACGUAUGACUACACUUAAUGUGACAUUCUACAGAAAACCAAGAAAACUCCUCUAGAGGCUGAAACUUUGGCUGAAACAGAGACAUAUCCAGCACAUAUUAAUAGUUACUUAUAAUACAAAACUGUUAUUCAACAAUUUGUAAAAUUUGAAAUCUUCAUUUAGAUUAUCAUUUCAGCUAAUUCAUGUAGUCAAUUAAUAAUCUGUGCACAAUGCUGAAUGUCAGAUAAUUAUCAGAAAUGUAAACCAUUGCUCAUUUGUGCCAUAUAUAUAUAUAAUGAACACUGUAAAAUAUCAGGUUGUGAAUGUAUAUAAAUAUAUAAUGUCUAGUCACUUGAUCACAAUGAAGCCAAUCAUAUCAAAAUGUUGAGAUUACUUUUUGUGUUGGUGUUGUUUUAGUCGAGUGAUUGUGAAACGAAAGAUGUGCUAGACCUUUUGUUUAUGUUCUGAAAAACACUCCGAAUAGAAAUUGCUUCCAAAUCUGGUAUCAUUCAUUUUUUGUUAGAACAUAUUCAUUUCUAAGAAAGGAGAUUUUUUAAUCCAUGACUCAUGAUGGUAUAACUUAUUGAAGAAUACAAACUAUUACCAUUACUAUAUGUUAAAAUAUAUAUUAUAAAAACCAAUGUUGCAUAAUUUCUCAUAUGAUCAUUUUGUCAUAGUAAAGACGAACCUUUUUUCUUUUUCAAUACCAAAUAUGUUCAUCAAAAUUAUCUACAUUAUUUAGUUUUAAAAUUAUUAAUUUUCAUUCUAACAUUGUCAUGUAGCAAAGUACUCAAGCUUUUAUUCAUUCACUUUAAUAACAUUUUAACAUUCCAGAAGAAUGGAAAAAACUUGCAAAAUACAUGUUCAUAUCCUGUCCUUUACCCAUCAAGAUUUAAUGACCACCAAUAUCCAUAUUGAAGGACAGACAUUUCAUAAUGGCUAAACAGUUUUUGAUCAUUAAAACACAGAUUUACCAAUCUGCACAAAAGUGUUUUACCAUUUAUCAUGGAACAUAUUUUUGAAAAGUUUUAUAUUUUAUUGACAUUCAUUUCUUAUUCAAUUAAGUUGUAAAAUACUCACUGUAUAGAAAUUUAUUUAGAAUUUUAUUAUAAAUAUGUAUAUAAUUAUAGAUGUAGGAUAUGUAUGGGUGAGAAUGAAAGACUAGGUCUUAAGCUUUAUGUUUAUAUUAUGUGAUAAGAAUAAAUAUGAGAUUAUUCUCAUGUUGUACAGAGGUCAUUAUUCAGCACGUAAAUCUUUUCUGUUUUUACACCCUUUUGAUCUGGUAUCCUCACUAAUAACCACAUUUUGUUUAGUCCCAUAAUUUAUUCAUGCCCUCAGUUACUUAUCGUAAAAAAAUAAUUGUAAAAACCUACUUAGGUAAAAUAAUAGUUAUUCACAUGUGCUCAAGUACAUGGGAAAUUUAUUGCAAAAUAAAACUUACUUAAAAAACAAACUUUAAUAAAUGAAAACUUCAAAAUUCAUAAUUUUUUGCUAUGUGAACAAUUUUUCCUAUCUUUAUAUAACUUGAUUCAUACAUGAGAAAUUUCAUGUAUAAGAAAGUGCAUUAAAAGUAUAGGAAAUUGGGCUACUUAAAUAUGAGAAUCUAAAUGUCUUGGCUACUUAAGAGGUAUCCACUUCAUAUGAGAAUCUAAAUGUCUGUAUAAGGCAUCCACUUCAUAUGAGAAUCUAAAUGUCUGUAUAAGGUAUCCACUUCAUAUGAGAAUCUAAAUGUCUGGGCUACUUAAGAGGUAUCCACUUCAUAUAAGAAUCUAAAUGUCUGUAUAAGGUAUCCACUUCAUAUUAGAAUCUAAAUGUCUAUAUUUCCUGGUUGUGCAUAAAGUAAAUAUUAUAUUUUCAUCUAACAAAGUUAAUGAUGAACAUAAUUGUAUAUGUUAUAUGUAUAUUAUGUGUAUUUCCAUUCCAAUUCUAUGUUCAAAGGGACAUAACUCUGUGGGGAAUCAUUUUAUUUUGUGCCAAAUAUGUUUACUGAGAUUUCUUAUUGAGUUAUUGUUACCUUUUAUGUUAUAAAUGUUAUCAUUAUGUAGCACAGCAUUUGUAAGAGGUUAAUAUUCAGGUCAUACACUGUUGCAUAUAUUGUGUACUCGGAACAUGUAAAUUUUUGUUAUGUGAUAAUCAGCUCAGAUUUUACAUUGUGAGUUUCAUAAUGUAAAUACAGUGUGUAUGCUCUUUUUGAUCCUUAGCUUGCUUUAACAUUUUUCAUACUAAAGAUAUAAACCAAUUCCACAAAGUGUACUGGGCCUUACUUAAGUGGGGUAGACCUUGGUUCAGGGAGAUAACUCUUUAAAUCAGUCAUGGGUCUCAAAGAGGAAGUGCACAUAUUAAAGUGCCAUCUUUUAUUAAAAAAGCAAUAUAGCUAAUAGAAAUUAAAUAGAUCAUAGAAUGAUCUUUCAUUUUCAACUACAAGUUAUUAAGUUCUUAUGAUGACAGUGCUUUAGAUAUUUGACUUAGUUCCCAGAACCUUUCUUGUUUCUUUUUAUUCAGGGUUUUGUUAAGGGUUAUGAAUGAUGAUUGAUCCUGUUUUGUUUAAUACUUGUCUGUUCAAAAUUGUUCUUUGUAAGAAAUAUCAGUUUUGAAUUUUUACAUUGCUUUCAUCAUGAAAGCAGUAUAGAUAUACAAAAAAAAAAUAAGAUUAAUAGUUAACCUUAGUAACAUUGUUAGAAUACCCGAAAUACUGAGAAGUCCUUCAUUUGGGGUAUUUCCACAACUUUUCCCAUUAAGCCAUUUUUUUUUAACAAAAAAAAAAAGAUUAGUGUAUGGUUAGUAGAUUGAUUUAAAAAAUCAUGUUUGUUUAUUUGUGUGAAAGUAUUAUUCAAUUGUGCAAUAUUUUUGUAUUAUCUUUCUUGUCAGUGCAAUAUUGUUAUGUUUAAAAGCUGUUCAAUUGUAGCAGCUAGGCUUACUAAUACAUAUUUAAAAGAAGUACAUAACACUACAGGGAGAUAACUCUGUAAAAAUAACAUUUUAACUAUGUUCUAUUGUUAAGAAAAUUUUAAGCUUCUCAAUGAUCAAAAUAAGUGUUUGUCAAACUGCUAUAUAUCCGAUGAGUUUUUUUCCGAUAAAGUUUGUGGUUCAAGUUUUUUGAAAUUUUUUGUCAAGGUAAAUAUUUGUCAUAAUUUCAGGAAAAUUAAACAACACCAAUUGAUUUAAGUCAAGGUGUAUGGUACCAUAGAAGAUAGAUGAUGGCUAUAAACACAGAACAAAACACGUUUCUGUGGAUUCAAUAUUUUUUGUAGGAUACCAAUUUUUACAAAUUUUAAUUCUCAACGAUGUACAAAUUUUAGAUAUGCUAUUAUGAUGACUUUGGCAAAACUACAAAAUUAAAUAUCCAAGAAAAUACAAUUUCCCCUCUAUCAACAAAAAAUAGUCACAUGAAAAAAAUAAUCCCACAGUAUUCAUUAUGUUCUUUUGUUUAAAAAAAACAUAAAAGUUUAAAAUUGUAUCACAAUUUUAGAUCCAUUUGCCUACAUUAAAUGUUACAGCUUCAGAGUUCAUUAUAAUACGUACUAAUUAUUGACCUCCAAUGUUCAGCAUUUCAUGACCAAUUUUUUGUUGUGAUAUCCUGUUUUAAAUGAAUUGUUUUAUUCUUAGUUUGAUUAUCUUGUUACAUGUUAUAAUGUUCAAAUAUUAUUUUCCAAUGUAUCUCAGAUUCAUUUAGUUCAAAUAUUCCCUCAUAUGAUAAGUGAUGUAUUAUUCGGUCAUCAUGAAUUUGUCCAAUAUUUGAUUAUCUUUUUCCUAUGAAUAAUUAUCUAUUUUCUAUCAUUUACUUUUUGCUGACAAUGUACAAAAUUGACUAUAUAUCUUACAAUGACUAAGGAAAAGUAAAAAGUAAAAUGAAAAUGCUAUAAAAUUUUUAAAAGUGUAGACAGAAGAACAUCAGUUGAUAACAUUUUUCAUAAAUCUACUAGUAUAGGGAAGUCUCUUGAAGUUAACAUAUUUCCGACAAGUUCACAAUGACUGAGUACUCACUUAAUGUUAUAAAUCAUGUUGGUGUUUGUUUUGUAUAUCUUGGGUCAAAUGAUUCAUGUGUAGUUAAAACUCAUCUCACAACAAAAUAAAAUGACACAAAAUACUGA